AAAAACUUCUCUAAAGUAAACAUUCUCUUUUCGCUGCAGAAGAAGAGGGUGUGUGUGCCAUUAGCAGAGCGACCGUUUCUUCUUCUUCGUCCUCUUCGCCUAAAAUCGUUCGUAGUCGCCGGAGAAGGAGAAGCAAGGCAUUGUGUUGGUAAUCGAAUUCUCGAAUGUCGGAUAUUAGGAAGUGGUUUAUGAAAGCCCAUGAGAAGGGCAAUGGGAAUGCUCCUAAACCACCAACGUCUUCCACGGCGGAUGCUAAGGAGACUUCAUCAGUAAAAUCAGAGCAGGCUAGUGAGGACCUGGAAACUGCUGCUACUCGGAAGAAAACGAGCAAGUAUUUUGCUAAGGAGAAAGCAAAAGCUAAAGAGGAGAAAGGGGUGGAAGAGCUUCCUGCGAAGAGGAAGCUUAAGACUGAUUCAGAUGAUGUAGGGAAGCCCCGUCCAAGAAAGGCUGUCAAGGUUGAUGAUGAUGACGAUGAUGAUUUCGAGGUGCCUAGUGUGAGGAAGACUCGUGAUAACAGCACUCCCAGCAAAAAACUAAAGUCUGGGUCAGGUAGAGGAAUCGCGAGUAAAACUGUUGAUAAUGACGAGGAUGAUGAUGGUGAAGAUGCCCAAGAGAAGGAUACUCCUGUUAAAUCAGGUGGAAGAGGCCGUGGUGGUAGAGCUGCAUCAGGGGCCUCAACUGGUGGAAGAGGAGGUGGAGGUAGAGGGCGAGGUGGGUUUAUGAAUUUUGGUGAAAGGAAAGACCCGCCUCAUAAAGGAGAAAAGGAAGUUCCUGAAGGUAGCCCUGAUUGCUUAGCUGGAUUGACGUUUGUAAUUAGUGGAACACUUGACAGUUUAGAAAGAGAAGAAGCAGAAGAUCUGAUAAAGCGACAUGGUGGUCGUGUUACAGGCUCUGUUAGCAAGAAAACGACUUACCUCUUGUGUGAUGAAGACAUCGGCGGAAAGAAAUCUGAAAAAGCUAAAGAGCUGGGCACUAAGUUCCUUACAGAGGAUGGCCUAUUUGACUUGAUCCGUUCCUCUAAACCCUCAAAAAAGUCCCUACCUGAAAGUACAAACAAAACCACCGAAAAAGUCAGUGCAAAGCCGAAGAUAAGUCCUCAGAAAGAAGGGGCAAGAGGUAAAGCUUUAGCAAAAAGUUCGCCCAAAAAGGUCCCCACGCCAUCUUCCCCGGCAAAGGGAAAAAAGAAAACUAUCGAGACUUCCUUGCCAUGGACGGAAAAGUACAGACCGAAGGCUCCAAAUGAGAUUGUUGGGAAUCAGUCAAUGGUUACUGAUCUUCACAAGUGGCUGUCUCAUUGGCAUGAUCAAUUUGGGGGUACUGGAAGUAAAGGAAAGGGGAAGAAAUCAAGUGAUACUAAUGCCAAGAAGGCUGUACUUUUGAGCGGAACACCUGGUAUUGGAAAAACAACAUCAGCAAAGUUGGUUAGUAAGAUGCUUGGUUUCCAGGCAGUUGAGGUUAAUGCUAGUGACAGUCGGGGAAAGGCGAACUCGAAUAUUGCCAAAGGAAUUGGUGGUAGCAAUGCAAAUGCUGUAAAAGAACUUGUCAAUAACGAAGCCAUAGCUUCUAACAUUGAUAGGUCAAAGCACCCGAAGACUGUUCUAAUCAUGGAUGAAGUAGAUGGAAUGUCUGCAGGCGAUAGAGGAGGUGUUGCGGACCUCAUUGCUAGCAUUAAAAUAUCAAAGAUUCCUAUCAUAUGCAUUUGUAAUGACCGAUACAGUCAGAAAUUGAAGAGUUUAGUAAACUACUGUCUUCCCCUCAAUUACCGGAAGCCCACGAAACAGCAGAUGGCAAAAAGGCUGACGUAUAUUGCUAAAGCAGAAGGCCUUGAAGUUAAUGAUAUUGCCCUGGAGGAACUCGCUGAGAGAGUGAAUGGUGACAUACGGUCGGCCGUGAAUCAGCUCCAGUAUAUGAGCCUGUCCAUGUCAGUCAUCAAGUACGAUGAUAUCAGGCAGCGCCUGCUAAGCAGUGCGAAGGAUGAAGAUAUUUCACCUUUCACAGCCGUUGACAAGUUGUUUGGUUAUAAUGGUGGGAAGCUGAGAAUGGAUGAACGGAUUGACCUAAGCAUGAGUGAUUUUGAUUUGGUUCCCCUUCUUAUACAGGAAAACUAUGCCAAUUAUAGGCCAAGUUCAGCCGGCAAUGAUGAGGCAAAGCGAAUGGAGUUGCUUGCCCGUGCUGCUGAAUCUAUAGCGGAUGGAGAUAUUAUCAACGUGCAGAUUCGGAGACAUAGGCAAUGGCAACUCUCUCUAUCUUCCUGUGUCGCAUCUUGUAUUCUCCCAGCUUCGUUGAUGCAUGGAUCAAGGGUGCCGCUAGAGCAGGGAGAAAAAAAUUACAAUAGAUUUGGUGGGUGGCUUGGCAAGAAUUCUACGGCGGGUAAAAAUAGAAGGUUGCUGGAGGAUCUGCAUGUUCAUGUCCUUGCUUCCCGUGAAUCCAGCUCUGGAAGGGAGACUCUUCGUGUUGAUUAUCUACCCCUUCUCUUGAACCGCUUGACGAGUCCACUCCAGACACUACCUAAGGAUGAAGCUGUUUCAGAAGUUGUUGAAUUCAUGAACUCCUACUCCAUAAGCCAGGAGGACUAUGAUACUAUCAUGGAGUUGGCGAAAUUUAAGGGACGUGCAAAUCCAUUAGAGGGUGUCCCACCUGCAGUUAAGACAGCCUUGACUAAAAAGUAUAAGGAGACGAGUAAAACUAGAAUGGUGCGUGCUGCUGACAUGGUGCAGCUCCCGGGCGUGAAAAAAGCGCCAAAGAAGCGAAUAGCUGCAAUGCUUGAACCAAAUGUUGAAAGUUUGAGAGAUGAAGAUGGCGAGCCGUUAGCAGAAAAUGAAGAAGAAAAUGAAUCAGACGCUGAAGACUCAGAAGAGGCAACAAAUGGAGAAAAUCUGGAGUCAAAUCUAAAAAAUCUGAACGCCAGAGGGAUCCAAGUUGAAGUGGAUCUGAAAGGAGCUGGAAGCAGCUCAGGCACAAGAAAGACAGCUGGUAAAGGAAGAGGCAGAGGCAAAGCAGCAGAUGCUCCUGCUGAGAAGAAGGCUACAGGACGUGGAGCUGGUGCCAAGAGAAAGAGAUGAGAGAAAUAGCCAAAAAUCGUUUCGGUUUUCAGGAAAAUUUUAUUAAGAAACGUCUCUUCCUCGAAUGUGGUUCAUGUUUGGAUAUAAAGACUUUUUCCCUUUUCUGUUUUUUUCCUGGGAUUGACAAAUGAAACUUAUGCUGUCUUUGUAGUCUUAGGGCGGAUUCUAGUUUGUAUCGAACGCACAAGGCUUUGCUCUUUCAACUGAAAUGCAAAAAACCAAAAAAAUUA